GGACGUUCUUCUAUAAGGACUUGUGACUCACUCAUUCUCUGAUUGGUGGACUCAGCAGAAGGACCUUUGAUACCUGGAGGAUGGCUUUGCUGACCACCUUAGAAGAAAAUAUCUGACUCUGGAUCAAUCACGAAGAGAGCCGACCGCUGAGAACCGAGUUUGAGUAAGUGCAGAGUUCUCAGUGUCACGUGACUGAAGUGGAGGCUGCUGGUUGGACGACGCUGUUGGCGCCACAAUGAGCAGAGAUGGCGAGGUGGUCUGUUCAGGUUGGCUCAGGAAAUCUCCACCGGAGAAAAAGCUGCGCCGUUACGCCUGGAAGAGGCGUUGGUUCGUGCUGCGUAGCGGCCGGCUGAGCGGUGAGCCUGAUGUUCUGCAGUAUUACAAGAACGCACAUUCCCGUCGACCCAUCAGAACCAUAAACCUGAGCAUGUGUGAGCAGGUAGACGCUGGACUGUCGUUCACAAAGAAGGAACUGGAGAAAAGCUUUGUUUUUGAUGUAAGGACGGAGGAGAGGACGUGGUACCUGGUGGCUGAGUCCGAGGAGGACAUGAAUCACUGGGUGGCCUCCAUCUGCCUGCUGUGUGGCUUCAACCCAACAGACGAAGUACAUGAUGGCCUUCCCGUCUCCAGCACUUCCCCUGGCCUUACCAUUACCACGGUAACAGUCUCUGGUGCCCCCUAUGAGCCUGUCGGAGUGCACCCCCAGGUGAAGGAAGGUGGCGGUGUGGAGGAUUACAUGUGGCUAGCGCAAUGUCGAACUCACAUCAGGCCUCCACAAGGUUCCUCCACCUCUCUAGAUAGCGACAGUGGCGACAACCUCUUUCCUACUCCCUCUAUCGCCUCUUCCUCCUCUUCGCCCUCGCCCUCCCGACUUCCCACCAGCCUCCCUCCGCCUUCCUCCGGCUCUCGGACGGCGUCGUGGACAUCUGCUGCCACAACAGAUGCCCUUAGCCAGUCUCUGAACUCUAGCACGAGUCUUUAUGUCCAGAGAGUAGGCGAGAGACCUCGAUGUCACCCCUCUCCACAUCCAAGGAAGCAUUCACUGGAUUUCCACCUGCGCCCCGUGGCAAUAGCUACAUCCAGUGGCUACCAGAUACCACGCCCGAUCGCUGCACAUCAGCCAGCCCCCUCUCUGCGCCCGUACUCCACCCCUAGUGUGGACUCAUUAACACAGGCUGAGCUUUUCACCUCCACUCCGACUCCUCCACCGCGCCCGCCUAAGCCCAUUGCUAUGGCAGCCAUCGGUGAAAGUCUGACGAACGGGCAGGGCUCUGAGUCGGGGCCGAAGCCUGGAAGCGUGGAAAAUGCCGAGGGAGUGACCAGGAGUAACUCUGCCUCCACACCGAGACGCUGUGAGUCCCUGACGCUGUCUCGCUCGCUCUCAGAUAGAGCGAGCCUGUUUGACUUCAGUGAUAGCUUCAACAGCUACUUUUUGAAUAAAGGCAUGGUGCCGCUGGGCAGUGUUUGCUCCGAAGACAACGACGCGGAUGAAAAUUACGUUCCCAUGAACGCCGCCACCAUCGAGUCCCCUCACCUGCCGCGACCGUCGGAGACACCCCACAAUCACCAGGAGGCCAACUACGUUCCCAUGACCCCUCUCGGCCCUCACCUCCCCGCUGCAGCUGACCCGCCGUCAUUGGGGACACAGGUGCCCCCGGCUGCUCACACGGGUUUUCGUAUACCCCCGUUGACGCCCCUCACUGCCCCUCACCCGAGGGAGGGAGAGCUGGAGACAGUGCCGCCGCCCGUUCAUCGCAAUUUGAAGCCACAGCGCAGAGUCAGACCAGCGCCCCUCAACAUCCCUCCAGUGCAGCAGGACUGGCAAGAAGUCCCGCCCCCUGUGCGUUCACCUGUCACUCAGACCUUCACAAGACCGUAUAGCCCCUCGAAGCCGAAGCCCGUCCAGGUGCCGCCAUCUUGUUAA